AUGAGAAGAGCCAGAAACGUGUUCAUUCGGUUCUCAAACGAACCAAAUUUUGUUAAGGCGUUAUCGAGGGAAGCAACGGAUGUAGAUGGAGUUCCUUACCGGGGCUUCCACUGGCAUCCGGACUUUGAUGAGGAGGCCGAACCAUCCCUAGUUCUGGUGUGGGUGUUCCUUCUAGGUUUGCCUCCUAAUUUUUACCAUGAAUCUCUUUUGAAAAACAUCACCUCUCCUUUUGGGCGUUUCCUACGCCGUGACAAUGCCACAAGAUGCGCCACCAAGACGGAUGGAGCGAGAGUUUGCUUGGAGAUGGACGCUGCUGUAGAACCAAUCCGAGGGAUCUGGAUUGGCAUGCCCAACCAUAGUUCCAGCCUGUACGUGAAUAUUGAGUGUGAAACACUCCCUGCCUACUGCUCUAUAUGCAGAGUCCAAGGCCAUAAUCUCCAGAAGUGUAAACGGAAAGAGGGGGCCAAGAGCGUUGGUGUUAAAAAAGGGAAGGAAAGGGAGGAAAAUAAAAAAACUUGCCAGCUUCAGAACCUAACAAAUGGAGAAGAAGAAAGUAAAGAAACAGAGCACUUACCGUAG